GCCGCGCACCACGCACGUCCCGGCCUCGACGCCUGCGAGUGACGCAGUGAGCGCUGUAUGAGGGAAGCGGAGAGCGCCGCGCGCGAAACCGCUCGCCGACGGCGCAAACCGCUCGUCGACGCUCCAAGUUUAAGGUUUCAGUGCCGCGGUUGACCCUGGUGUGACUCGCGAGUUCCUGCUUCCGUGGUUACGUAAGGACAGUGCUGAGAGAUUGAUCUCUGGUUAAGUAUCUGUGUCAGUGAAGUAAAGUAAGCGGACUCGCGGCUGGGCCGGAGAGCAAAGCCUCCGCGACAGAGACAACAUCGCGGCGGUAAAGUUUCGCUCACCCGAUCUUACUUAGUUGACAGUACGGAGGCGGCGCGAGCAGUAUGUGCGCGUGCGCGUGGCGGCUGCACGCCUUCACCGCCGCGCUCGUGCUCGCCGCGCAUCUCAUCAAAGUGCUGUCGUGCGGCGAGGCGGGCGGCGGCGGCGGCGGGGGCGGCGCGGGCGGCGGGCGGGGGGCGCGCGCGCGGCGCUACGUGGGGCUGUACACGGGGCCCUACUUCGACCCCUCCGCGCCCAACAACAUCACGGCGCAGCUCGGCACGCACGCCUACCUGCCGUGCAAGGUGCGGCAGCUGAGCAACAAGUCGGUGUCGUGGAUCCGGCGCCGCGACGCGCACAUCCUCACCGUGGACCGCUUCACCUUCAUCGCCGACGAGCGCUUCCAGGCCUUCCUCGUCGAGGCCACCGACACCUGGACGCUGCAGGUGAAGUACGUGCAGGCGCGCGACGCCGGCGUGUACGAGUGCCAGGUCGGCACCGAGCCCAAGAUGAGCCACUUCGUGCAGCUCAACGUCGUCGUGCCCAAGAUCGAGAUAGUUGGCGAGUCGGACCUGUAUGUGAAGGCGGGCAGCACGGUGAGCCUGAAGUGCGUCAUCACGCAGGCGCUGGAGGAGCCGGCCUACAUCUUCUGGUACCACAACGACGAGCGCGUGCUCAACUACGACCGCAGCCUCGUCGAGAUCCGCAUGGAGCGCCGCGCGCCCGACACCACGAUCGGCAACCUGAUCAUCUACAACCCGCGGCGCGAGGACUCGGGCAACUACUCGUGCUCGCCCUCCAACCUCGACUCCGCCUCCGUCGUGCUGCACGUGCUCAGUGGCGAGCAGCCCGCCGCCAUGCAGCACGGCAACGCGGCGGCCGCGCCGCGCGCCGCGCCCGAGCUGCUGCUGCUGAGCGCCGCGCCGCGUGCACUGCACGUCGCGCCGCGUGCCCUGCGCGCCGCGCUGCGCCGACCCGCCGUCGCGCUCGCGCUCGUCCUGCUCGUGCUGCUGCAGUGCCACGACGAGGACGCGCCGCGACAAUAGCGGCCCCCGCGCCCUCGCGCGCCGCGCGCACCGCUCUCUGUACAAUUUGUAAAUAGUACUAUAAAUAAUAAAGUAUAUAAACUCUUUCGAUAGGAGCCAGACGCCGCGCGCCGCGGCGCCGUGUUGGCGUCGUGUCGGUGUCGUGCCGGCACGCGGCGCGCGGCGCGGCUCGUGUGACAUCGAAGUCGUUCGAUUCCGACCCUCGCUCCCCUCGCCAAGCGACCGGAGCGUCCUGUGUGAAUACUAUUGUUUGUUGCGACGCGCCCGUCCCCCGCGCCCCCCGCGCCGACCGCGUCCUCCGCCCGCGCGCGGCGGAGUGGUGAGCGGAGCGGCGAGCGGGGCGGCGCGCGGGGCGGGAAGCGCCGGCGUUUGUUACUUUGACGAAGCAGUGAUACGGACAUAAAGUAAGUUUGAUUCGUCGACACUGUUACUGCCUCACUUGUACAUAUAAAUGUAAGUAAUAUAAAUAAAGAUGAGAUCGUUGAAACAUUUA